AUGAAGGACACGUACGAUAUCGUGAUCAUUGGAGGCGGCAAUGCAGGGCUUGCACUGGCUUGCGCGUUGCUGGACCAACCUUCGAUCCGGGGAACCUCACGUAUACUCCUGCUUGAGGGAGGCUCAUUAGACCGAGUGAGAGGCUGGAAGGGAGAUGGCGCCUGGGAGAAUCGAGUCAGCAGUCUCACAGCUGAGAAUGUCGCUUGGCUGGACAGAAUCGGUGUUUGGCAAUACAUAGCCAAAGAUAGGACUUGUCCAGUGAACGAAAUGGUCAUCUGGUCGAACCCUACGCCGGGACAGACACCGUCCAUCCAUUUCCCUCCUCUCGGUUAUCCCAUGGCUCAUAUGACGGAGAACACCAACCUUCAGCGAGCGCUACUCCGUCGGAUAGACGAGGCUGGAAAAGGUAUCGUGGACAUCAGAGAGGGAUCAAGAGUCGGUGAAAUGCGUCUUGGCGAAGGUGAACGAUGGAUCGGAUUGCAAGUGGGAGAUUCUUGGGUCAGGGGAUCUGUCGUGGUCGGCGCAGAUGGCUUUAAUUCACCAGUCAGGAAAUUCUCUGCCAUAGAAUCCUACGGACACGCGUAUCCGACCCAUGCCAUCGUAGCCACUCUCGAGCACCCUCCAUCCUCUGUUUACCCCAAUAAUACAGCAUUCCAACGAUUUCUUCCAACCGGUCCCAUUGCCUUCCUACCUCUCUCAGCGACCGCUUCGACUUUGGUCUGGUCCACUCAUCCCACUCAUGCCGCAGCCUAUAGACGUCUAUCGCCCGAAGCUUUGACUCACAUGGUUAACGCCGGGUACACGAUGCAGGAGAGGCCAUUGUCAGAUUUGAACGAGAAAAUUUUGUCUGCAGACGCAUCGGGCAGUCCACUGGAUUGCGAGACUAUCAAGGGGCUCAUCUCCACCAUCAAUAUCUCGGGUGGAUCUUUGACAUCUGAAGAGGUCAUCUUGCCACCUGCUGUUCAAGCCAUCCCCGCCAAAUCCAUCGCCUCCUUCCCUUUGCGACUCUCCCACGCCGACGAAUAUAUCGGCAAUCGUACGGUCCUAGUGGGGGAUGCGGCGCAUACAACUCAUCCACUCGCUGGUCAAGGUCUGAAUAUGGGUUUGGCAGACGUUCGAGUCUUGUCGGAAGUUUGGGAACAAGUCAAGCGAAAAGGCGGCGAUAUAGGAUCAAAGAUUGAUUGUGCUGAAUAUCCUAAACAACGGUAUCCCGCCAAUCAGUUAUUAUUGACCACGACCGAUACACUACACCACGUAUUCGCCAGUCGAUCAGGUCCGAUCAAUUGGGCUAGAGGAGUCGGGUUAGAUGUGAUCAACGAGAUUGGGCCCUUGAAAAAGGCUCUCAUGGAGAAUGCUGGGGCUUUGCCGCCCAGAGCAGCACCAACUCAACACAACGGGUGGGGCGCAACGGCUGCAACUGGUCUGGAAGGAUGGAUCGGACUCAAGGGUGCAGUAGCGGCGGGGUUAGGCCUUCUUGGAGAUACCCUGAGGCGGACAGCAAAAUAA